ACUUGUUGAAAGGUAGUCACGGCGCUCGUGUGGAAGUGUGGCACUCUAUUUGGGAAAUGCGCGAGCAGGAAUCUUUCACCUAGAAACAGAUGCUGGAUCUCCAGUGGCGCGUGAGGACGAUUAAAAUCAGCAAACAAUAACUGAAGUCAUUGUUUACAUCAUAAGGACAUUAACAGAUCGUUACUUAUGAUAAAUGCGUAAUAGGAUGCAAUUAAGAGAUCUGUCACUAUUUUUGCUACUUUCAUGAAACAGGAAUAAUAUAUAGCCUAUAUUCGGAAUAUUAAGCACAUUCCGGCGGAUUUAUUUUUUUCUUCUUAAUUUAGUCAUUUUGAGAAAGCUGCGUAACGCACACUUCACUGACGAAGAGGAAGGCACGUGCCGGACCAUCCAAAACCCCUUUUGUGGAUUAUUUGCUGAAAUUCAAACACUGACAUUACUCAGUGUUUAAACACAACUGUUUGGAUUUCUCAACGAUUAGACCUGGCUUUCGACUAGUCUUGGCAUUCGAGAUGAGUUACUUGACGUCACUGUUACACAUAGUUGCAGCGGUCCAGAUGAGUCUUUUACCUGCACAGAGUUCUCCCUUAGUAAGUGUAAACAGCACAGCUAAAGUGAUGCUGUUUCAGGAGGUUUGGGGCAAAAGCUUCUGUCGAACUAUAGAGAAGCUAGUGGAAGUUGUUCAGGAGUACCCUGGGGAGGUGGAGCACAUUUUCAGCCCCGCCUGCGUGCCAUUGAUCCGCUGCGCUGGUUGCUGUGGGGAUGAGAACCUGGAGUGUCACCCUACACUCACUUCUAACACCACCAUGCAACUCUUAAAGAUAAAGCCAGCAGAACAGGGCCAGGAAUAUGUGGAGAUGACCUUUGUGGAGCACAAAGCCUGUGAAUGUAGACUAAGAAAGCCGACAACAAAACAUGACAGAUGGAAACCCAGAAAUCGAGGGAGAAAAAGGAAGGAGAAACAAAGGGUGAAAGAAUGUGACACGUGUCAGCCUCCUCGCAGGUAAACGAUGACUUGCUGUGAUUUCAGCAAAUCACAUUCACCCGCCCCCUUCUGUGCGACUUCAUAAUCCUCAUCACUCUCUUAUGGAUGCUGCCAUUGCUCUGCACCUCAAGAUCCCAGAUGCAGAGCUGUAAUGGUGAUGGGGCUUCUCUUUAGCACAUGGGGGCCCUUUCAGUGAUUUAUACAGGAAGAAUCUGUUGUGCGGUGAUGCAUCCUGACAUUAGCUUCUCACAGCUCUUUUAAGAAAAACCAAUGGACCAAACCUAAAAUCUGAGACUGACCCAAAGGACUUAUAUUAUUAUAUUGUAAUAUUAUGUUUUAGUAGUAGUAGUAGUGGUAGCAGCAGCAGCAAUUGAAGUGGUUUGAUUGAUUUAGUUGCCAGCUACACCUUUUCCAAGUCUUCCCCCUCUUAUUUAUUAAAAUCCACUGCCGUAAGGUAAACCUGGUUGCAUGUCAUGUGUCACAUAAACAAAGUCCAUUUUAUGUGUUCAUAAGUCUAGAAUGAAUAACUGAGAUAAAGAUGUUUGUGUGUGUGUGUGUGUUUGUAUGUUUUGUGUACCAUUUCUGAAUAUGUGUUUCUUAUUAGCCAUUCAAUUUGUUUAAAAUUGUCACCCACAGGUAUGAGACUAUAUUACACUUAGUGAAAACAGUAUUAGGUGAUAUUUUCAUCCUUAACAUAAAGGAUGAUCUUUAUUGAACAAAACUUAAAAAGUUUAUUUUGUUAACUGUGCAAGGACAAAGACUCAGCUCCUAAAAGGGCAGUCAAGAGGAACCAAGACUUUAUUUUUUGUUUACUAAAUUUUUUUAAUGAAACGACUCAAUUUUCCACACUUUGUACUCUGAUCUGUAAAGUGCUGGAAUUAAACCAAAGAAGCAUUAUUAUCUAAGCUGCUGACUGAGAAUAGGGCCCUAUAUGCAAAUGCCUUCGCCAAUAGGGCUAUUAUAGAUUCCCAAUGUAUAAAAAGUUCUGUUUUUCAAAAUAUUUUAUUAUGACACAGAUUUAAGAGUAACUUACUUAAUAGGGUGACUUGUUGUUUCUGAUUAUCAUUAAAAAUAUUUUAUGAAAGAUUUUGUCUUGUAAGCGUGUGAGUGAGUGCAUUUUGUAUAGAGAGUGGAAAUUGAGCAGGUUAUUUUGUAUGUACUGUCAUGUAUGUGCUACUCUUAAUAAAGAGAUACCUUCAGUAAUUCUGUGGUAUGAUGACAUACAUUACUGUUAACAUGAUUAUACUGUAUAUGAAUUUGGAUUACAGGAUCAA